AUGUCUCACGACCAGACCGCUGAAGACAAAAGCAAGCAGGGCUCUGACGAAAGGACCAAGUCGAGCGCGGAGAAAGAAGUUGAUGAAGAUUGGCAGAAUGUGAAGGUGAACGAAGAGGCAAGCAUUAUUACUCAGCCGAAGUGCCUCGCGUCGGCUUACACCAAUAAUCUCGCACAGGGAGUCCCUGAGACUGCCUCAGACGACGAAGCAUCGCAGAGGCUCCGAGAGUCUCCAGAAGUCAUUACGGAGGAGGCCACGGAGGAGUUCACAAUGAUUGAAAGCAAAGAUGUUCCAACGGCGGAGAAUUUGGAGGCGAAUGGCAAGCCGUAUGGUGGAAGUCCGCCUCUUACCUACUACCUCUCGUAA